CUACUACUUCCCUAUCUCCUGUGCCUCAACAACCGUGUUCCAACUGAGGUACGUGCGAGUCUGACAAAUGGCGAGGGUCAAGAUGCAACGGCCGUGGACAAUACUACAAGAAAAAAGGCGUUGAACGGCCAGAAAAAUGCUGGAAUCGACCGAAGAGAGCUCCGAUCAAAUCUCCAAGAGAAAAGACAGCAAAUCUCUUACACAAUUUUAAGGACAUGGUUGGGGAGGAGCUUUGAAAGCAUUCCGUACUUGGAAAUACUCUUGAUAAGAAAGCUGGAGCUCAGGAAGUCGAGCAAUCAUGGAAGCAAUUUGCAGAACAGUACUCGAUCGUUUCCAAUAAUGGACGAGUAUGGCAUGGUUCUUACGAGAAAGUACAACGAUAUGAGGUAAAUGAAAAAGAACUCAUGCCAUUCCAAGCAAGUCCCAAUUGCGCCAAGAGCAUGAUAUGGCAUGAAGGCGUAUGGAGGUAUCAUGCAGGCCCCAACAUUCAUCCAACUGCGUUGUACUUGAACUACCUAGCCGAUAUGUAUCAAAGGCGUGUACUGAAAGUGUAUCACAAGCUUGCGACCUCGCAAACCGACAAGCAACGGGCAGAUUUGAUCCUUCGAGCUGAUCAUUUAUAUCUCAUCAACGCCAUGGUUCCAUGGGAAAGAAAGAAGCGGUGGCGCUGUUCUGCUCCCACGAUCUUCGAGCAAGAUGAGCUACAACGACAGGAGGAUACCGGAUUUGUUUCUGAACUUUUGCUUUCCAAGAAAUUAGCUACCGAAUCUACCUCGCCACUUUGGAGUCUGAGCCGCACCGGGUCCUUGCGCGAACUUCCAGUAUCAAUGUCUGAAGUGGCCUUCGUGGAAACUAUUCUGGGUGAAUUCGAAACCAGAUACAAAGCGACCAUGAGAAGAUUAAAGGACGUGCCUUACCCUUUUGAUGGAAGCUCUGUGUAUCCUAAUAAUUGGACUUGGACCACGUUCUUUUCCAUCGUUCAAGAGAGAAAAGAGACUAUGUUCAACUUUUGCGAUGCCAGAUUUCAAGUCGCUCCUCCCAUCCGAGAUCUCGUGUUGAUGAUCUGUUGGCAAGUGAUUAUUGGACUACCUAAUGCUGAAGUGCCUUUCGAAGAGCUAGAGUACAAGGAAUUCCUAGGUCUUCCUAGGUCUCCUUACACACGACAUCCUCUGAGAUUUAGUUUAGGACACAGGGCUCAUGGGCUACCUAUGACUACCGGAUGGCCUGCAAAAUACACUUCCGCCAAGGAUUUUGACCAUAGGAACUGCAAUAUAGCCUUCGAAACUUGGGCUUCAAACACGGCCAAAUCUAACUGGGAUAAUCAUACGGAAGCUAUUCGCCAAGAUUUCCUCGACAACCUCAAAGACGAUUGUUCUCCCUUCUGGACAGAAGCAGAAUUUUCCAAACCAGCACCGCCCCUUCCACUGGCUGCGUUUAGAUCAUGCGCAUUCUCAGCAGCCUCAUCAAAUUCGCAAGCCGAUGACAGUGAUGAUUGGGAAGCAUCGCUCGCUGAGGAGAGUGUGCUCAACGAUCUUGACUUGCAAUGGUGUGAGGAGCUUUCGAUCCAGGAAAUGGAAGAUGGUAUCGACUUUCUAGCGUCUGAACUAAAGAUGGCAGACUAUUUUACAGGUUACGAAGCUCAAUACGAGGACGGAUAUCAAGAGAGGACCACGAGAGUGCUCGCUAAACUUAUGAGUCUCCUCAAUGGGGCACCUCCAUCUCAUUGAAUCGGACGUCGACGAUAGGGAUAGCUGCGCGGUUGUGAGAGAAUUUAGCCAUGAGAUUUGGUGGCACGUCUAUUUUUUCCAUCAUCGUGUC